AUGAAUGAACAACAAAUUCUAUCAUGUAGAAAGAUAUUUGAAGCAGUAACAAGGCGUCCAAUUGCUAAACUUUUCUGGGAUUCGUCAGCAGAUCUUAAUAAUAAGGAUAUUUCUCGCCCAAUUUCGUUAAGUUAUAUUUCUGAAAAAUUAGAUCGACAAAUAUACAAAACACCAGCAGAUUUCGUUAACGAUAUGCGUCAACUCUUCUUGAAUGGUGAUUGCUAUGAUCGAGAGGACUCCUUAAGACCUGCAGCGAUUGGUUUAUUAAUUAACGACUUUGAAAAUGCGCUUGCUAUAUAUUCACCAUCCUCAUUAUCUCUAAACAUCAAACUCCGUGUUACUCUUGACGAACUCGAAAAUGUAGUUGAAUCUCCUGUAGAAGAAACAACUGGACGCGUAACCUACAAAUCAGAGCCAGCAAGUUACUUCCUGACGCAUUACAAUAUUGAUCCUGAGAAUGUAACAAUCGCAGAUCUAAAACAUGAAAUUUCGUUACUUAAAACGCCCAAAUUAAUUUUGAAGGUUAUCCACUACAUUCACAAGCUCCAGCCAGAUGCGCUGCUCUCCGGACAAGGAGUUUCGAUUUUAUAUUCAAGACUUACUAAAGAAAACCUUUCUCUCAUUCAAACAUACAUCAAAAAGAUCAUGACUGAUGCUGCAAUUGGAAGAAUCAGUGGUCUUGAAAAUUCUGCACUUAGAGAACCAGAAUCAACAAUUAUUCAACAGAUUGACUUCGUUGAGUCAGAUAAACCAGAAAGAAGAUCUUCUCGAAGAAGUAAGAAUUAA